GUCGCCCACUUUCCCCCUUCCUACCACCUUGAUCUCUAGCUCGUCCCGAAACAUAGAACAAUCCGUUAUUGGACUUUUACGAUAUGUCUUCCGACAAGAAAUCACCAUCGCGACCACCAUCCUACUCUGGCUCUUCCAACACCAACGAUCCAUUCGACUCCAAAUCCCAGUCCUCGUCCAAAUCAUCGAAACUCUCACCGGAAGCCGACCGUCCCAAAGUAAAUAGGUCAGGCACAGGCAAACGGGCGUUCUCAGCCUACGCACAGACAUGGAUCGGGAUGACGCCUGUGUGGUUGAUGGGCGAGGCGUUGAUCCCUGGCGUGAAGGUGGGGACGACGUUUAAAGGCGGUGCGAGGAAGCUGUUAGCUAGUGGAGAGGAGGUAUUGGAAAUGAUUGGGGCGUCGAAGGACGAUGUGAUCGUUGUUCUAGAUAGACAUUUUGCUGGUGCGGGGACGAAGCUCGCGAGUAAGGCAAAGAAGUUGGACGGGACUUCCGACGGUACCUCGACACCCACCAAGGCUGGUAAAGACGGAACGAGUACACCAGGCUCCAAUGCUGCCUUCGAAGAGCAGGCUCGUAAGGCUGCGCAGGUCAUCCGUGCUGCUGGUGAACAUGCGAUCGUUGCCGUAUCGUCAUCUUUUGACCGUGCACAGGCCGAGCUUACCACAAGUUCGCCCGGGAUCAAGAAGAUCGUGAAGAAGCACGGAAAAGACGUCGUUAUUCUCGUUGACAAAGGUCUCAAGAACCCAAUAGUCGUAACCGGCGUCUCCAGAUUCGCCAAAUCAAAAGGAAUCCCCUACUCCGACGCCCUCCUCCGCCUUGCCUCCCUCGGUCUCUCCAAAAUCAUAGACGCACUCCCCGACGACAUCGAAGCCGAAGUCGAAGCCGAAGUCCUCGAUGACGCCGCCCGACACCGCGCGGCCGAACAGUCCGGGAGUGGGAAGAUAGGCGUCGAGGAGAUGGACGGCGAGGAGCUGGAGAGGACGAGUUCUCCGAAAGCGAGGGAGGAGGCGGAUAGGGCUAGUUUGUUGGGGAAGGAGGAGGCUGAUCCGGGGAGUUCGAGUAUGCCGGGUGCGAUCCAUCCGGGUGAGACGGCGGGUGGGGAGGAUCCGUAUAGGAAGAUGAGGGAGAAGGAGGGGUGUUUGGUUAUGUGAGUGGUUGAAAAUAUGUGCAUGAGGGUGGCGGUGUUGGUGAGAUACACGGUUACUUCAUGGGGUAUGUAUAUGGCUUUGGAUAUGGAUUUUGAACCGCUUGGCUCAUAGACCCCGUGUUGGCUUCCUGAUGGUUUGAUACCUUUGUGCGGCACACCUAGGGUUGAUGCAUGGUCACGAUCAAUAUACGACGAGAUAUUCUGGUUAUACAUACUGUACGAUGC